CACAGGGCUGCACAGAGCCAUGCAGAAACACGGUUCACAGACAGAUUUUGAGUGGGUCUACACUGAUCAGCCACACAAUGGUCGACGCCGGGAGAUCUUGGCAAAAUAUCCAGAGAUCAAAUCCUUGAUGAGACCUGACCCCAACCUGAUCUGGAUCAUAUCCAUGAUGUUUCUUGCCCAGCUAGUUUCAUUCUACUUAGUCCAAGACUUGGAGUGGAAAUGGGUCCUAUUUUGGUCUUAUGUUUUUGGCAGCUCCAUUAACCACUCAACAACAUCGGCGAUCCAUGAAAUUACCCACAAUUUCCCCUUCGGCCACCACAGGGCACUGUGGAACCGCUGGUUUGGAAUAUUUGCUAACCUCCCUAUUGGGGUUCCGUAUUCCGUUUCCUAUAAAAUUUAUCACAGGGACCAUCAUCGGUACCUGGGAGCUGAUGGCAUCGAUGUGGAUAUUCCUACUGAUUUUGAGGCCUGGUUCUUCUGCACCACUCACAGGAAGCUGGUCUGGGUUGUCCUUCAGCCUCUCUUUGUGAUUUUACGGCCUCUAAUUAUCAACCCCAAACCAAUUACUUUUCUAGAAAUCAUUAAUGCUGUGGCUCAGGUUAUUUUUGACAUUAUAAUUUACUAUGUUUUUGGAAUUAAAUCUUUAGUCUACAUGUUGGCAGCCUCCCUGCUUGGCCUGGGUUUGCACCCGAUUGCCGGGCAUUUUAUAACAGAACAUUACAUGUUCUUAAAGGGGCACGAAACGUACUCAUAUUAUGGGCCUCUGAAUUUAUUGACCUUCAAUCUGGGCUACCAUAAUGAACACCAUGACUUCCCCAACAUUCCUGGAAAAAACCUGCCCCUGCUGAGGAAAAUAGCAGCUGAAUACUAUGAUAAACUCCCCCAUCACACUUCCUGGAUCAAAGUACUGUAUGAUUUUGUGACAGAUGACACACUGAGUCCCUACUCACGGGUGAAGAGGCUUCAGAAAGGGAAAUAACUUUUGGAGAAACACUCUCAGAGCCAAAGCCAAUUGUGCGAAGAUUUUAAAUAGCUGACAAUGUGGAUGUUUUCCUUGUUAAAAUUAAGACGAGUGGUGCUCAGAAGCUGCCCUGGAAGAAUUUCAUCUCCAUAACGUCAGGAAGCUGCUCUGGUUUCCUGUCUGUCUAACUUAUCACAGAGCUCAACUGUGUGCUUAUCCACUCACCAUCCCUGAGAGAGUGCUCACCCUUGUCUGUCAUUUUGCAAGCAUAUUGGAAAACUGCACAUUUCUACUA